CCUAGGUUCUCUGCACCUUCUGCACCUUUUCACGGUGCGCUGCACCUCGCUCCUCGAUUCCCCAAGGUACAGCGGCGCCCCCUGCACCACAGUCCUCGAUUGUGCAGGGUGUAGGUAAGGUGCUGCCGCGGUGCCGCGAACCCUUGCACCUUCCAGCGAGAGGGUGCAGCAUUUUGGUGCAGGUGCAGCCUCGCACACAAAUCCCCUCGCGUGCCUGGCAGACAGCACUUGCAGACGACCAAAAUGUCGGUGGUUGCAGAAAUCGAUGGUGUCUCCACAGAAAUCUACCCGAUUGUGGACGAGCUUGGGGUCAUAAUGCUAGACGGCGACGCCGAACUCUACGCAACAGCAGAUGGGAGAACAUUGCGGGUGGUGUGUGCGUCGGGUCGCCUUACCGGCCUUACCACCGCUGACCCGACAAACGGGCGUGCUACGCCCGCUACUGCCGCUACGCCUACAACGCCGCAAAAAUGCGCCAUCCCGACAACGCAGGCGUCCACUCCAACAGCUGCCGUGCUCCCUCAGAGUCGCGCACGUUGCGACGACUCCGAAGAAGUGCUAUGGAGCGGCCGACGGACGAGGUUUUUGAUCCAAAAAUACAAAGAGAAUUUCGGCAAUAUCGGCAAGAAGGGAGGACUGAGGAACAAAAAGCAGCUCUUUUUGUACCUAACAGAUGCCGUAAAUGAGGAAUUUGAGUGCUCAUUGAGUGUUGUACAGGUGACAAAUAAAUGGAAAUCUCUCGAGAGAGCAUACAAGAGAGCCCGCGAAAACAACAAAAAGUCCGGCAGCGGAACUGCGGAGUGCAGGUUCAAAGAGGAGAUGUCGGACCUCAUGGAAAAGCAACACCAUGUAAGUCUGACUGUGACUUACACGCAGGGACGUAAAAUGGUUCGAGAAGACAGGCUGGAAAAGGAACCAGAGGCUACAGUCUCCACUGCCCCAGUCAGCCAGGAAUCAAGGGCACACCUGAAGUGCAACAGCGUAGGUCAAAAGGCCCGCCUUUGGUCCAGCUGCUGCGGAAGCUGGAUGAAAUUGAAAAAAACAGGGCUGCUCGUCAUGCGGAGAAAAUGGCCCUGUUUGAGCGCUUUGUGAGUGCAUACGAGGCAAAAAAAUAAAUGUC